AUGGCUUCCACUUCUUCAACUCCUUCCAAGUAUGAUGUUUUUAUUAGCUUUAGAGGCAAAGCUAUUCGUGAGGGUUUUCUCUCCCAUCUCUUUGAUGCAUUGCAGCGAAAACAAAUCAAUACCUUCUUGGAUGAAAACCUUCGAAAGGGAGAAGAGAUCUCACCUACUCUCUUGGAAACAAUUGAAGAUUCUUAUGUCUCAAUAGUUGUUUUCUCUCAAAAUUAUGCAGAUUCUCCAUGGUGCUUGAAUGAGCUUGUGAAGAUACUCGAAUGCAAGGAAACUUUAGGACAAGUAGUCUUACCAAAUUUUUACCAUGUAUAUCCAACUGACGUUCAAAACCUCACAGGGAAUUUUGGGGAGGCAUUUGCUUUUGCUAAGCAUAGAGAAGAACUCAAAGGCUAUUUAGACAAGGUGGAUAAAUGGCUCCAUGCUUUGACGGAAAUAAGCAAUUUAUCAGGAUGGGAUUCACGGAACAUCAAGUAA